UGCGGCACCACUGUUCUAAAGUUUAUUUACUAAUUCACCGACUUCUCGAUUCACCGCUCAAUUAUCAAGUCAACAAAUCUUCAGAGACAUUUACCAAGAUAAUUAUGUAAACGCAAAAAGUUUCUCCACCAAGUGUCAGUGAGAAAAAGGUGACUGUGGCAGUGUCAGUGUCAGGGGAGCCGAAUAUUUCAGUGAAUUUUCUCAAUAUUUAUAAUGUGAUCACCGAACAUAAGAAAAGGGACAAUAAUAAAUAUCGGAAAUCGUCAGAGAAGAGAAUAGGCAGAGAUUUUGAAAAGUAAAAAUGGCCUCAAAUACUGAUCGGAAAAUGUAUUACUUGAUACUGUUUCUCAUUGUUUGGAUAAGAAGAGCGGCAGGUGGUAGUGAGAUUUAUGCAAAGAUGUUUUCAAGUCAACAAAUGCCCUCUGAUCCGUGCUAUGACGAAGAUCGUUCGCGUCGCUGUAUUCCAGAGUUUGUGAAUGCAGCGUUUGGAGCAACGGUAGAGACUUCUUCCACGUGCGGUGUAGCAAGACCGACACGUUAUUGUGAUGUUAUUGAACAGACAUCUAGUGGGGUGAGUGGAUUGGGUCAGUGUCAUACCUGCGAUGAUAGUACACCUCGAAGAAGAUUUCCACCGAGUCACUUGACAGAUCUUAACAAUCCCAAUAAUGUAACCUGUUGGCGAUCAGAGCCUCUGAUAUCAUCUCAAAGCUUCAGCGCCCCACCGGACAACGUUACAUUAACGCUAUCUUUGGGUAAAAAAUAUGAACUCACAUACGUGAGUCUUCAGUUCUGUCCAAAAGCUGCUAAACCAGACUCAAUAGCUAUAUACAAAUCAAUGGAUUACGGCAUAACUUGGCAGCCAUUUCAAUUCUACUCUUCGCAGUGCAGAAGAGUGUACGGAAGGGCAAACCGUGCUACUAUAACCAAGGCCAACGAGCAAGAAGCAAGAUGCACCGAUAGUCACAGAUUUACUGGAGGGGAGGGUCCAGGUCCUAUCGGACGAAUAGCCUUCAGUACCCUAGAGGGUCGGCCAUCAGCAGCUGAUUUUGAUAAUUCGCCGGUACUCCAAGACUGGGUAACGGCCACUGACAUUAGAGUAGUCUUUAAUCGUCUCCACAUGCCUCAACCUGAAAUAACCAAUGAGAAUAUCGGCAUUGAGGAAUUAACCAAGAGGGAGAGGGAGCGUGAGGAGAAAAUGAAAAACAAGAUUAAUCUUCUGCAUUUGGAUCCCUCAGGCACGGCACUUCCAUCUGUACAUCAGGUACUUGCCCCCCAGGAAAUGGUCAGCAAUGAUGCUCUUGACGUACAAGAAAUGGCUUUUCAUGCCGAAGUGACACCUACCACACUCAUAAUACCCAACAGUGCAACCAGCAUGGCUCAUCAUUAUGCUGUAUCUGAUUUUGCUGUUGGUGGUAGAUGCAAGUGUAAUGGACAUGCAUCCAAAUGCUCCCAGGGCAAGGACGGUGCGCUCGCUUGUGAGUGCAAACAUAAUACUGCUGGUCGAGAUUGCGAGAAAUGUAAACCCUUCCACUUUGAUAGACCCUGGGCUAGGGCCACCGCCAGAGACGCUAAUGAGUGUAAAGUUUGCAAUUGUAAUCUUCACGCUCGGAAAUGCCGUUUCAAUGUUGAACUGUACAAAUUGUCUGGACGAGUGAGCGGAGGCGUGUGCCUACAGUGUCGACACUUUACCGCUGGAAGACACUGCCAUUAUUGCCGAGAGGGCUACUACAGAGAUCCAACUAAACCGAUCACCCACCGCAAGGCUUGUAAACCAUGUGACUGUCAUCUAAUUGGUGCAUCUGGCAAAACGUGUAACCAGAGUACAGGUCAGUGUCCCUGCAAGGACGGAGUAACCGGAACGACUUGCAAUAGGUGCGCCAGAGGUUAUCAGCAAAGUAGAUCUCACAUCGCGCCAUGUGUCAAAAUACCACAAGUGAUUCACACACAGGGAAUCGCCGGAGAGGAUAAUGGAGAACACGAUGAUGAUGAUGAGCAUGGAUACGAUGGGCGAGCUGAGCAAUGUGGAAAAUGUCGUGCCAGCACCAGACGAAUGAAUCUCAACAAGUAUUGCAAACGAGACUAUGCAAUUCUUGGACGAGUAACAGGUAGACAGAAGUCCAAUGAAGUUUCCAACUCGGCUGGAAAUUCAUUUGCCAAAUUUACCCUUAAUGUCGAUCUCAUUUACAAACGAGGAGAUGAUUCGAUGAUAAAACGCGGUCCAAUGGCUCUGUACGUGCACACGUCCGAUCUUGCCUGCAGAUGCCCCAAGAUCAAACCAAACAAAUCAUAUCUAUUUUUGGGUCAGGAGAAUGACGGUAGUGGAUUGAAUGGACUUGCAGUAACGCCAAAAUCAAUUGUUAUUGAGUGGCGAGACGAGUGGCAUCGGAGAAUGCGUCGCUUUCAGCGUAGAGCACGAUCUUGCCACUGAAGGAUCAAACGCCGAGGGUUAAUGUCACAAUAGAGUCCGCAACAACAAAAAAAAAAUGUGAGGGAUAAAAAACGAAAAAAUACACUAUAUACACUAUCCAUUUUCUCCCGAUUUAACUCGAGACAGGAUCGAUAAUAAGCGAGCUCUAAGUACACUUGUCAAGUACUUGACAUACCCACUCAGCGGUGCUUUAACCUCCCAUUUAAUCCCCCUAUUUGUUAAACCCCGAGCAAUUCCAAUUUUUUUAUUUCUUCCAAAAUUACAAAAUAAUCCGUUGAGUAUUUUCGCUCGUGCCCCAUCCCGGAGCGCGUGAAUAUUCCGAUAGAAGAGAGAUUCGAUGCAGAAACAACUGGUGUCCGUGUAAUUCGAGUAAACAAAAAUGUUUUGAUCUCGCAAAAAAUUUAGUUAGUAGCACAAAUAUCUAUCUGAUGUUUUCCGAUCAAAGGAUUUUUAUAUUCACUAUAUAAAUAUUAUUGAACGAAUGUUUGUGCAUUUACUGAUGGGUAACGUUUACACUUCAAAUUUUGAUUUACUCGUACCAGCACCCGUUUAGGUAUUCCAUCGUAUAAUUCAUGCGCUCUCUUUUAUGCUAAACUAAAAGGGGCUAAAGGAAAAAAAUAAAAAAUAAAGAACACCUACACCGUUGAAUUACAUAAUAUUCCUUAAAAAUCUUUAGGAGCAUUUGUGCUCGCCGAAGCGUCAGUUGCAUAAUAGUGAAGACUUUUAAACUAUUGAUACAAUUUUUUAAUGAUUUUUUAAAUAAUUUUUUUAUGUAUUUAUUUAUUUUUGUCGUUUUAGCGAUUUAACUUAGAUAAUCGUGUAAUGAAGUUCUUGUACAUUUUUUAUAAAAAGAGGGAAUACAAAGAAGAAUCAUGGCUUUUUCAGACUGUAUAUCGAUAUUAAAUAUAGGUAGAUGAAGAAGCAAUUACUCGCAAAGAGAAAUGGAAUAAUAAAUUUUCAUGGCUUGAGAAGAAAUAUCAGUCAUUUGACAGUGACUCCGAUAAAAAAUUGAGAGAAGGCAAGUGUUUUUCCCGUACUGGUAUAAUAUUUCUUAGAAAAGAACGAAAGUUAGAUGAAUCCUAGAAAAAACAUUUUGCCAUGAGCGAAGGAACUUCCUGUAAUAGAAAAAAAAAAUCAAACACGUCACAGGGAAGACUUUAAAUUCCUCUACACCCAACUAGCCGACUAAUGGUCCUGUAAACACCUCAUCAGAAUUAACAAAUUAUCCGGAAUGUUAUCUCCAACCUUUUAUAUUUAUUAAGAUAUUAUUAAGGCGGUAUUGUACAGUAUUUAGAGGCUGAUGACACUGUGGUGAGUGGACGCAUUGAAAAUCAGUGGCCAAUUUUUUUUGUCGAUCAAUAUUAAUUGCUUACUUGAAAAUUUCAGAGGAAGCAGUUUACAAACCAUUUUUACUUUUCAAAAGCAAGUUCCUAGUCGUGCCAAUAAUUUAGUGAUUAAAGUUUAAAGGACUGGUGACAUUUUCAAAAGUAUAAUUGAGCAUAUCACGUGAAUUAUAUUCCCAUGUUUUAUUCAGAUAACUUCCUCAACGCGAUCAUCACAGAGUGCGUAUAUCCAAUAAAUGCUUUUGGGGCAUGAGUAAUGUAUACUCACAGUAAAAACGUUUUAUAAUGACGAUUAACGAAUUGAUCACGUAUUAAAUUAAGGUGACGACUGAGGAUGCAGAAUAAUCCCAAUUGCUUCGAAAAAUUCUUGUCGCCACGAGCCUAUAAACCAUGUAUGUAUAAACUCGGAAUUAAGGUAGCUGGAUUAUUAAGAAUCGGAAAAAUAUAUAUUAUAUAUUAUAUUAUUCAUUAUAUCCAUGACAAGGUAGUGGCACCACGAAUUUUCAUUUUAAAAAUACUUGAGUAAUAUCAUUGAUAAAAAUUGCCAAAUUAAUCGAUUAAAGUUUUU